AUGCGCGGCGCCGGCGGUGGCCAGGGAGGAGGAGGAGGGCGGAUGAUGGCGGCUGCCUCGCUGUGGAAAGGGCUGGUCGGGGUCGGGCUCUUCGCCCUGGCGCACGCGGCCUUCUCCGCCGCGCAGCAUCGUUCCUAUAUGAGAUUAACAGAAAAGGAAGAUGAAAGCUUGCCAGUAGAUAUAGUUCUUCAAACGCUGUUGGCCUUUGCAGUUACCUGUUACGGGAUAGUGCAUAUUGCAGGAGAAUUCAAAGACAUGGAUGCCACAUCAGAGCUAAAAAAUAAGACAUUUGACACAUUAAGGAACCAUCCAUCUUUUUAUGUAUUUAAUCACCGGGGCAGAGUAUUAUUUCAGUCCCCGGAUGCUGCCCAUUCUUCGUCCAACCAGGCUGCUUUGUUGUCCAGCGCAUCACUGAAGUUGCGAAAACUUGAACCUCUCCGCCAUUAAAAGAUUUUUACAGAUCAUUCUAAAAAUAGAACAGGACACUGAACUAUAAUAUUGGAGUUGGGGAUGUAAACACUUUUUUAAUUUCUGGAGCAGUAUUUAUAUUGAUCUUCCAGACUUUAUUUUAUAUAUAUAUAUAUAUAUGGUUGCGUGCGUGCGCGCGCGCGCGUGUGUGUGUGUGUGUGUGUGUAUAUAUAUAUAUAUAAUAUUAAAAAGGACCUUCUCUGUACACUAAUGACAAUGACUGAAUUGUGAAUUGGCAAACAGUGUAAAUUCCUGCUAGAAUUAUGCUGUGAAACAUGCAUUUUACUUUUCAUCCCUUAAAAUGCUCUGCGGUUGAUUAAUGUAAAACAAAUUCUGUAUUACCAAAAAAGCAGAUGAUGGUUUUAAUGCAAUAGAUAAGCACAGAAGAGGGUAUUGCUUGCACUGUAUUGUUGUAUGCUGAGGAAGUGGCUGGAGUUGCUUUGUAACUGUCCUUCCACACUCCCCCCACCCCUUUCCAGCCCUUGAGAGAAGACACGGAUGAUUGUUGUAUUCAUGUCUUGGGCACUGUGUGUGGAAGCAGUGUGACCAUUCCAUGAAGCCGUCUGGACGGCAAAUAGCAGUGCCAUUCAGUUAGACACAAGUUUUCAGUGGGAAAUGAACCAAAAUGUUGCCAGGAAUGCCAGUUCCCUUCAUCUUUGGUCAGUGUCCUUCCAGCAGUCCAGAAUGGCUCACAACUUUUGAAGAGAACCAUUUUUGAGAGAAAAAUGUAAUGACUGCGAAGUUUAAUCAGCCAGUGGGAAGGAGUGUUGAAUCAUAAUCCCAUGUAUUGCAUCAAGUGCUCCCCACUGAAAACUUGCUGUCAUUACCCACUGUGGAUUGUCGUUGAAAGUAAAGCUAGCGUGUCCUAGUACUGGACUCAUUUGUGAAACCGGGAUUAUGGCUAUAAAACUAAGGCAUGCUGCAUACCGAAGGUCUGUCUGGGAGAGGUGGGACUGCUGAAGGCGUGAAUGGCAUGUAGCAGGACAGGUAUGCUCAAGGGCUGCUUCUGAUGGCCAUCCUAGGAUGCUAGAUGGAUGUUCCCUUCUUUUGAUGUUCAUCUCUCGACUUUCUGCUAUAAUGGGUGCAUGUUGAUUCCACUCCCUCCAUGUAUAUGUAUGCUCUCUUACUGGAAAGAUGGGAGAAUGUUUGGUUCAGACAUGGGAGAGUGGCUGCGUUGUUUGAGUAAUUUAAUAUGUUCGACGUGUUUUUCCACUGUGCUCAGUUGCUCUUCUUGCGAGUGGCAUUUGAUCACCCGAAGAGAUUUCGUCCAAAUCAUCUGCCCAGAGGGUGUGGGCUGUUUGGGUGGAGGGGAUGCAUUCCCUUGCAUUGGAUAAAUGCACGCCCCCAAAGGGGAUUUUCAAGGAACGUGCCUGACCCUCUGCAUCUUCAGGGGGCUCUUUGCACACCACACUUUCCUACAGGAGCAGUUCCUGCAAUGGGGGAAUUUGCAGCAUCCGUUCGUCAAGUGUGCUUUUGGGGUCAGUUGAGCAUCUGCUGCUGAUGGGCUAGUGUUCCUGGAGCAACAGGAGGCACAUGUGCCAUGCUCCAGAAGGCCUAUUUUACUGGCAGCCUUCCCAUUCUGCUGCCCUUCAGUUUUUGACUACUAUUCCCAACAUCCCCAGACAGCAUGUUUGGUGAAGGCUGCUGUGUUUUUCUGCAAGGAAAACCCUGCAGAGUUGCCCUAACCAAAGAACUAGGUGGCUGGAGUUUGAAUGUGAUGAAGAAGACACGGCCUUUUUGAAAAUCUGAUAAUGGCUUUUGUUCAUUAGAAGUUAGAUUUGGUGUUACGGUCCUUUUCUUGAGUAGACCCUUCUUGCUUUGUGUUGAGUCCGGGUAGUGUUCUGCCGGUUAGCCAUACAGAACCUUACUCCUACCAGCCUUAUUCUCCAGUUUAUGCUAGAAUGCAGCUGCUGUAGAAGCUAUAAAGUGUUGGGCCUACCGACUUUGAAUAUUUCUUUUAAGCUAUUGAGGGUCUCCUUCAAGCAUUCUCCAGAAUCGUGACUCUGGAAGAGUUGCAGCUAGGUUGUCCUUACUCGGCAGUCAUGUUUCUGAGCCACCCCUCUCUGUGCUGGGUUGCAUAAAGUAAGAAAGAGGGCCCUGUACUAGAGUCCCUGCGGAGCCCACCACAGAAGUGCACCAAAUGGCUGCAAGGACAGCAGCAAAAUCCUUAAUGGGUUGCCUUGGAAAGAAGUCCCCGCAAUUAAGUGGAAUUUUUGCUAGUGACCAUUUAAGGUUACAGCCACCAUCAAACUCCUAAACUGUUAAAGGCAAACUUAAUAGAAACACUAAAAAAAAAAAAAUAGACCAGUGAUUAGCUAGUGGCACAAGGGCAAUAGAAAGGCUGAGAAAAUGAGACUUCUGAAAUUCAAUUUGCCCAUUCUGAGUUUGCUUUUCAGUACCACUUUGUAUGCAAGUCAUUUCAAGCUAGGUUACUUAUUAAACGGUUACUGAGGAGCCUAGGCAAAACCUGCAUUGGGUUGCCAAAAAGGGUCCAUUGUGGCAAAUGCUGCUGCCAGGAAUGGAGUCUUGCUCCAAAACCCAAAGGCCUUUUCCUCUUGAAUGCAUUGUGAAGUUUGCAGCCCAUUAAAGCACUUGGGCUGUUUACAAUCUUGCAAGAAGCAGCCAGUUACCCGUUAUCAUUGAUAGUUAUUUCACAAGUGUGCAAACUUUGUUUUCCCUUUUUGAUCUUGCAAUGUCUAAUAAAACCUACUACUACAAA